AUGACGGUUCCAACCACAGCAACCGCCAAGUCCCUCGCCCCCUGCAGAUGCGUCUGCCGCUCCUGGAGCGCCGGGAUUGCCGGCGCCGCCUUCGUCCGCCGCCACCUCGAGCUGUCCCGCGCGAGGCCCCCGUCGUUUCUCACCGUCGCCCGCGCGAGGCCGACCCUCUCGACGACUACGCCAUGUCCACGGAGCCAGGUCGCCUUCCACCGCCUCCUGCUGGCUGCUGCUACUGUCGCCGCCGCGCACCGCCGGGGCGGAGACGGAGCUCGUCUUCGACACGGCGUGGCCCGGGGGCAUCACGCGCCUCGUCUCGCUACGCACUGCGAUGGCUUCGUCGCGAUCGCCACGGCCACGGACCGGGUGUUCGUCUGCAACACGGUCACCAGGGAGCUCGCCGCGCUGUCGCUCGGCAGCCGCAACGCCGAGCUGAAUCAUGGAGAUCCGCUGCUCCCGCCGGUGGCCCUCGGUUUCGACCGGUGGCGCAAAACGCUACACCAUUGGCAGGCACCAUUUCUGGCUGGCGGAGGACGGGCCUGA